AUGGGUAAUAAGGAAGAUUCUCAAUUCAAAAAAGUACUUAAAGGAAGCUGGGAUUACACAGGCCUCAUUUAUACAACUACCAACCUACUCAAUCAGAGAGAUAUACAACAAACUGAGAGGGGACUAUCCAAAAACAAAAGGUGGAAGAAAAUUAUAUGCAAUAACCAUGGAUGCCCAAGAUGGGUGUUCAUACACUAUUUAGCAAUCCAUGGCAGAUUAGCUACCAAAGACAGGCUCAUCAAAUGGAACAUUGACUGCAGCCCAACAUGCCCUCUUUGUGAAGCCAAACCAAAAAGCGUACAACACUUGUUAUUCCAGUGCCCAACAGCACACUUGGUAUGGGAAAAACUGCUUAUGUGGCAGAAGAUGCAGAGACAGGUACUCAGCUGGGACCAAGAGCAAAAAUGGGCCAAAGAUCACACUAAUAGGAGCAGUGCAAAGGCUGAGAUAUAUCGCAUAACUCUAUCAGGAUGCAUAUACUAUAUAUGGCAAGAGAGGAAUCAAAGGGCAUUCCAGAGUAAAAGAAGAACAGCAGAAGCAAUCGUGAAGAUGAUUAUCCAAGAUGUACAUUGUGCAGGAGCAAAAAAGGCAAGACUUGCAAAAAUAUUACAACUCUGA